AUGAAAAAAUUUGCUUAUUACCUAAGUGUUAGCUUAGCAUCUUAUCCUUUUAAUACAAUCAGGAGAAGGAUGAUCAUACAGUCAGGAAAAGAAGAUAAAUUUAAGGCUUCAUUUGAUUGUGCUUGCAAAAUGCUUAGAAAAGAGGGCUUUAAAUCUUUUUAUGGGGGGUUUUGACUCACUUGGCUUAGAUUAUUAAGUGAUUCCUUAUUAUUAGUAGUCUUUCACAUCGCUGCUUUUGAGGGUUAG